CUGGCAGUGAAGGGGAGUUGUGCCCACAGGCUGAUAGCAUGGGCUCUUCAGGCAGUACCAGUACUCUGGCAUCCUCCGUCAUUGAAGUUGAAUCUGGUCGUGAUGAUCUGGCUUUAUGUCAGGAUGAGGAUGACAUGACCCCACUCCCUCCACCACCAACACUGUCCAUUACUGAGGAAAUCAUGCAGUUCAUUAACCAGAGCCGUGCUCGACAAGGCAUGGCAGAGUUAACAUCUGAAGUGUGCCAGUUGACUCCAGAGUCCCUAGAAGUCCAGCCACUGGAGGCACAACAGUCAGAUGAAUCCAAACCACUAAUAUCUGAGGUGGAUGAAAAUAAACAUCAGACCAACGAUGCCAAAGUACCAGAGGCAGACAACAAACUGGUAGAUGAGUCAGACAAAGAUGAGAGCAGCCCUCCAUCCUGUGAAGCAAAUGUUGCUUCACCAGAGGAGCUUGAGAGAGCAUCAUCACCAUUGCACACCUCCAAAGAAGUGAAUCAAUCAGAAGAGUUGACUUUACCAGAGCCCAGUCAUAGUGAAUCAUCUAAACCAGAGAUGGAGAAGACCAUAAGUGAAAAAGAUACUAAGGGCUCUGUUAGUAAAAGUGAAGAGCCUCAUCUAUCUGAUAAUUUGGACAAAACUGAUGAUACCGCAUGUGAGGCCAGUUCAGCUUGUGCUCACAUUGGUACUACAUUGAAAGCAACUGAAAACUCUCUUGUCCUCAAAGUAGAACCUGAGCAAAAACUGACCAAAAGUGACAAGCAGAUUAUUGAGAAGAUACGCAGCUAUUAUGAGGCCGCAGAGGCAGGUGUCGAGGAGAGUCAGAUGGCACGAAGGAACAGCUUCUCUAAUAUUCCUGCAGGAUUAGUGAAGGAUUCUGUGUCCCGAUUCAAUGUUUGUGUUCACCAAGAUAGUCUAGUUGAAUCUGAGAGUGGCCUCUCAGACUCAGUUGAAACUGACUCAGGAUCUUCAUUACUCCCAAUAUCAGACCAAGCUGACCAGACUUUCAACCAUCAGGAAUCUGCUGAUAUAGUCAUUCCUCUCUCACAUUCCGAUGUUAGACAAGAACAAAAAGAAAAAUUAGACAGCAAGACUGCAGAAGAAAAUGAUGUAGAAAUGUGUAAAUUCAGUCCCUGUAUGAAAUUGUGGAAGGAGAAAGAAAGAAUUGGUGAAGAGUCUCAAAAAAAUCCAAAAGCCCCUCUUCCAAAAGAGAACAGCUGUGUUGAACAUACAGAUGUUUCUGAGAAAAAUAAGACAUCUAUAAAUUGCACAACAACCCUAGUACAACAAAAGCAAUCUGAACAUUCACAGUGCAAUCCAGACACUUCAGACCCAUCUAAUCUGCAGACGACAGAGACAGCGGAUACAUCUCUUCAAUAUGGAAGAAGAACCAGAGCUAGAAUGUCUUCUAAUGGAAGCCUGGACAGCCUUCCUAGUCAGAUUAAAGUUGGCCGGUGGUCGCGUCAUGGCAAGGUGGUAACAUGUAGUCAUACCCUUUAUGAAGGAAUGGCAGAGGUACCAGAUUUAGAGUUUCUUGAGGGUGGACCAGUCAACCAAUGCUUGGUAGAGAACUCAGAAAAGAUUCUUAAUAAAGUGCAAAUGCUUGCACGCAUGUACACUGCCAAGGCAAGCAGCAUGAAGGUACCACUACAUCAGAAGAAAACACGAGUGAGUAGGGGAGCAUGGUCAGUGGAGGGAAAAGGAAGCACUUCACCUAAGUCGCAGCAAGUACAGCUGCACCAGGGGGACAUGAGAAUACUAAGUCAGCCCACAGAAGAAUCUUCAGUAUCCACACCUACUGAGCCUUUUGGUCACAUAAUUUUAAGGGAGAAGCUGUCUACAAUGUAUCACCAAGAAAAUGAUUGUAAUCUCAUUGGGCCUCCAGAUGAGAUCUCAGCAAUUGGAUCUGAUUCACUGUCUUUUUCUUCUGCUGAGUCCUCUGCUACUUCAGUUCAAAUAUUAACAACUGUUAUGGAAUCACAGGUCUCUGUGAUAUCAGACCAUAGAGAAAGCUCCUUAGAAAAAUUUGAGUCUAAAAUACAUGGAGCUGAAUCCUUGUCACUUCCAACUUCUGGAGCUCAUGUCCAAGAAAUGCCAUCCAACCUCUCUGGAUUUCCUUUGGAUGAGCAUGCUUACAACAUACCACAGUCCAUUCAGGAGAACUAUUCAAAUGUUGGGGACAAAUUCAUUUCAAUAAAUAGGACUGAAGUAGGACAGAUAUUGCAAGAGGAAAACACUGCUUUUGUGAGCAAUUCUGGUUCAAGUGGUGAACAUUUUAUUGACCCAGUAGUCAUUAAACCUUUAGAAGAAGAGACUCACAGUGUGGAAGAGAAAAGUGUGUCAAUUGUACAGGACUGUGAAAGAAUAUUGGCCAUAGAUGAUAAACAAAAUGAAAUACAUACAGGACAUUUGAAAUCCAAGCAGGUCCAAGAUGACACUGAAACCACUAGCUUGGAGGAAAUAACACAUGUAGUGUCCUCUGUUAACGAAGUAGGUGCAUGUCCCCCAUUACAGUCAGCAGCCUCCUUGAAAAACUGUGUUUCAACCACUUUGGUCAUAUCUGAGGAAUCAGAGCAGUCAUACCCUUUGGCCCAGUUGCAGGAGGAUACAACUAGCCCUACACAACUGGCACCUCUGUUUGGUACAUGUGGCAAGUGUAGUCCACUAGAUAUUAAAUCCAAAGAAGACCUGAGCAAUAGUUCAAAGUCUUUGAGCCCACCCUCUACACCCCCUUUAGGUGGACCUUCUUUGGAUGAGCUUCCAAGAUUUACUAGCCAAAGACCUUCCAAUCUACCCUCCACUGCUGGAAAGAGGAGUCCCUUUGCCAAUUGGAAUUCAUCAUCUCCAGUCGCUCAAAGAGUGCCACAUACUUCAUUGCGGACUGAAGAACAGAUUCAGGAUACUUCUGAUUUUGGUCUUUCUCAUAAUAGACAAUCUUUAUCCCAUGCUCUUAAUGAUAAACCUUUACACAUUCCCUUUGGUUGUGGACGUCCAUUAGAUGCAAAACCACCCUCUGCCUUUAGCCCAAACCUGCGAAUGCGGUCACCCUCUCCAGUUAGAGGUGCCCAGAACUCCAGACCUUCCUCAACGCCCUCAGCUCUUGCAAAGUCUCUUGCUGCCUCUUGCAUCAGUCAGACGAUUUCUCAAAGCAUGGCCAAGAGAGGUGCACAUCUUCAGACUGCUUCCCCACCUGUAAGCUCCUCUCCUCUGCCCACAUCUUCUGUGAGACUUAGGACACCAUCACCUAAAGCCAUCACCUUGGACUUAAGUGUGGAGUCAGGUUUUAGAAGUACAUCCAGCACUGGGGUAGGAAACCCCCAAGGUCAAGCCACAAGGUCUUCUCCAUCCCCAUUUAGAUCAAACAGUCUUCGAUCUAGCCCAGCAACAGUUCAGUCCCCUCCUCCUUUUCGUAGUCAACGGUCAGUAUCCCCUGCACCUCCAGUUAGCCUCCAUUCAACUCCAUCUGCCAACAGCCCAAGCGCCGCAGCUCUUGAACAGUCUCCUUACACCAGUUUAAAUGGCAAUAACAACAAUAACAACAGUUUGAGUAAUAACGGUUUGGUCACUAACCACAAAAAAGCACCACACUCAAAUGUGGGUGGACUCCCUCAUUUCCAUGAUUCUCAACGAACAACCUUGCACAAUAGGGUGGCUCGGCCCUUCCCGUCCUCCGAGCCCAGCUCUCGUGUACAGUCCCCCUCUAUUUGCCCCUCUCCAAUUUCUCGAAUCUGCUCCCCUCCACCUGCCCCGAACCAUUCAAGUAAUCUGGUAACAAAGCCACCGAAUCCCAGAGCCCCCAGACAAGGUGGCUUUUUUACCCCUCUAUCUUUGGACAUCUCAAGAUCAACGUCAGCUUGUUCAAUAUCUCCAUGUGAGAGCCCCAGAAUCACCUCCCCACCCCCUAUUGGCAUUCCUACAAGUGUAUGGGGCUUUGCAAAUCCACAGCCAAGGAAUCCCUCAUUAAUAAAUGCAUGUUCUCCAACAAAAGCGGAAACAAACUCUACACCAAAAGGCACCAGAAUCAUCUCUCCUACCCCAAUGGGAACGUCUCCAUGUUCAGCAACCAUCUCUCAGAGCCAGAGGAGGCUACGAGGAACCAGUUUGCCCUUUGUUGCUCUAGGGGACAGACCACCCAGUCCAAAAAGGCACCAACGCAGGUCUUGGGCAGAAAGUGAACGAUGGUCAAUGGGUUCAGAAUUGGGGUUAACAAGUCCUCGUGGGGGUUCAUACAGUGGUAGCCCAUCUUCUAUCAGUCCUGGCCCUCUUUCACCUGUCAGACUAACAGCUGAAAGGACCAGUCAUAAUGGAAAACAUUUCACAAGCAUUGCCUGGCCAGAUGUACAUGAUCUGUUGAUUAAAUACAACACAGAGCCCAAUACUGAAACCGAUGCUUUGUCCUACGCCGAGACAGAGCAAGAUGACAUAGAGGUUGCAGAAUCUACAUGUCGGAGCACCCUGAUCUGUCCCUAUGUCGCUCCAGCCAGCCCCAAUGAGAGAGAGACUCCCAUUCAUUGCCCAGCUGAGGGUAAAACAGAAGACAGUGUUAUUAAUCAAGGGUCCAAAACAACAUUAAAAACCAGUUAUGCCACCACCGUCAACUUGCAGAUUGCCGGGAGUGGGAGGAUAGCAUCCUUUAGCAAUGCACAAGUCAGCCUGACUCAAACACUGUCCCCUGUAGCAGACAGCCAGAGCAGAAGAAGGGUCAGCAUCAAUAGCUGCAACUUCUCAAUGCAGAACUGCAAAAGGCUUUGAGUGGUGUGCUCCUGAGGUCUAGUAUUGUGCCUCAUUCUUCAAAGACACUUUAUCUGGCACUUUAGCAUGUAGCAGAGGAGUCAGCAUAGAGAUCCAAAUCCACUUCACUCAGACGGGAAAGAAUUCACGGACAAUAAAAUACGGGUAUCAGCCAGUUGAUACUAUGGUCAGUGAUUUAUUUUUUUUUAACCCUCAACCCUACUUCUUGGCCAAGAUACAAGUCAAACAUCAAAAAAAAAAAAAACGAUUGCUUUGCUAUAUUUGGCAGUGUUUAUUUUAUUGCUUUUAAGACUCUGUAAUAUGCAAAUUCAUUAUACGUAAUUGAACUAAAGCCUCUGUCAUUACAGGCUUUUAGUUGGCUGUGAUAUAUAAAGAACUUAUUUAUGAAGUAGUUGUUUUCUGGCACUUAACUCUUGUUUCUUUGUUUUGCACAUUUUUCUCGAAUGUGGUCCAGACGUGUCUGUAAAAUAGUGUGUUUCAGACAAAACAUUCUCAUGUAUGUUGUGUUCUAUACAAAUUUGCUUAAGACAUUUGAAAACAAGGGAACAUGAAUCGCUGCUUUGAUUGAUGUUAAUACGAACAUCGAAACAUCUGAUCUGAUAUUUUAUAUUGAUGAAAAUGUUUGCUGUACAAUUAAAAAAAAGCAUUCCAUCAUGCUUAAGAACUGUACUCUGGUGUGGACUAAGACAAGGUAAUCCUGAUCAAAUGGACUCUUGAACUUUCUGUUUUAAAUUUUAGUGUUUUUUUAAUGUAAUGCGUUGUUGAUUUCUAAAUGAGAUUGUUACAAUCACUUAAUGCUUAAGCUAAUUAAACAUAUAUCUCAAAUUUGUUUACCUAUGGCCUUUAUGCUCCACAUCAUGCCUGCCACAUUAUGCAAAGAAAACAAAUGUUCAAAGUCUGUUCUCUGUACUUUAAAAAAAAAAAAAAAAAAAAAAAUCCAUGAUUGUCACACUGUAAUGUGCCCUCACUUAUUUGUACCUAAAUAAAACCUGCAUAGUGUAA